AACCAAUGUGCUUGUGAAACUGAACACGACAAAAGUAUGGAUAUGGGAAACCAACAUCCUUCUAUUAGUAGGCUUCAGGAAAUCCAAAAGGAAGUAAAAAGCAUAGAACAGCAAGUAGUUGGCUUCAGUGGUCUGCCAGAUGACAAGAAUUACAAGAAACUGGAGAGGUUUCUAACAAAACAACUGUUUGAAAUAGACUCUGUAGAUACUGAAGGGAAAGGAGACAUUCAGCAAGCUAGGAAGAGGGCAGCACAGGAGACAGAGCGUCUUCUCAAAGAGUUGGAACAGAAUGCAAACCACCCACACCGGAUUGAAAUACAGAACAUUUUUAAGGAAGCCCAGUCCCUUGUGAGAGAGAAAAUCGUGCCAUUUCAUACUGGAGGCAACUGCGUAACUGAUGAAUUUGAAGAAGGCAUCCAGGAUAUCAUUCUGAGGCUGACACAUGUUAAAACUGGAGGGAAGAUCUCCUUGCGGAAAGCAAGGUAUCACACUUUAACCAAAAUCUGUGCAGUGCAAGAGAUUAUUGAAGACUGCAUGAAAAAGCAGCCUUCCCUGCCACUCUCUGAGGAUGUGCAUCCUUCUGUGGCCAAAAUUAACUCUGUGAUGUGUGAAGUGAACAAGGCCAGAGGCACUCUGAUUGCACUUCUGAUGGGAGUGAACAAUAAUGAGACUUGCAGGCACUUAUCCUGUGUGCUGUCAGGGUUGAUUGCAGAUCUGGAUGCUUUAGAUGUGUGCGGGCGUACAGAAAUCAGAAAUUAUCGAAGGGAGGUAGUAGAAGAUAUCAACAAAUUAUUGAAAUAUUUGGAUUUGGAAGAGGAAGCAGAUACUACCAAAGCAUUUGACCUGGGACAGAAUCAUUCCAUUUUAAAGAUAGAAAAGGUCCUCAAGAGAAUGAGAGAAAUAAAAAAUGAACUUCUCCAAGCACAGAACCCUUCUGAAUUGUACCUGAGCUCCAAGACAGAAUUGCAGGGUUUGAUUGGACAGCUGGACGAGGUAAGUCUAGAAAAAAACCCCUGCAUCCGGGAAGCCAGGAGGAGAGCCGUGAUCGAGGUGCAAACCCUGAUCACUUACAUUGACCUGAAGGAGGCGCUUGAGAAAAGAAAGUUUUUUGCUUGUGAGGAGCACCCAUCCCAUACAGCAGUCUGGAACGUCCUUGAAAACUUGUCAGAGAUCCAGGAAGAAGUUCUUUCAUUUGAUGGCAAUCGAGCCGAUAAGAACUACAUCCGGCUGGAGGAGCUGCUCACCAAGCAGCUGCUGGCGCUGGAUGCUGUGGAUCCGCAGGGAGAAGAGAAGUGUAAGGCUGCCAGGAAACAGGCGGUGAAGCUUGCCCAGAAUAUUCUCAGCUAUCUCGACUUGAAAUCCGAUGAAUGGGAGUACUAAAAUACCAGAGAUCUCGCGUUUGAUAUUGCUUGUUUUGCACUUUAUAUACACUUCUAUGUAUUUAUAGAGACCUUUCAGUUCAUUGAGCCUAAAUGUGAUUUAUACGUGCAUAUUUCAAUCUCAGUAUUUAUGAUUUAAGCAAAAUUAUAUUCAGUAUCUCUGCUGCUUUUGACGUUUCAAAACAAAUAUCAUUACAGCACAUUAACUUUUCCAUUUGGAUCAUUAUCUGUAUGAUGUGGUGUGGUUUGUCCUUUUUAUUUUAUUUUAUUUUAUUUUUUUGCGUUUUUAGUCAGAAAAUGAAAUAGAGGCAGCUUUUGUAAUUAAAUGGGUUGUGCAAGCAUUAAAAUGCAGAUAUUUCAGAAUCUAGAAAUAGACAUAACCUUACAUAAUACUAGAAAAAUUAUGAGAAAGGGGAAAAUUUUGGUGAAAUAGGAGUAAGGUCCAAACACAGAAGUAGUAAAAUGAUAUGUUUUAUUGUACUAAAUAAAGCAGAAGAGGUUGUUUUUUUUUUUGCUUAUAAGCCUUAUUGGUCCCACCCAAUUUAAUGGGGUGGGGUUUUUUUUUGUUUAUUUGGACCAUAUGUUCUUUUAUAAACAUUUUUGUUUGAAAAACAGUGUAUUUCUCCCAUACUCUGCAUUUUAAAGGGGGGAAUCUUGUUUUUGUGUGCAACAUAAGAAAAUUAUGAAAACAAAUAGCCAAAAAUCCCUUGAGACUACAUUGAAGAGAAGGGAUAAGGUACCAGCUAUUAAAUACCUUCGAAUUGUUGUUUUUGUUCAUAAAAUCUGAAUUUAAUGAUUUUCCUAAGUGAGUAAAUAGUAAGGAUGGGAACAUUUAAAUGAAGCUAAUAGACCAUUUAAAAGGAAAACAAAGGAAACACCCAUACCUGUAGUUGGAGAAUGAAAACUGGAGAUGAGUUACCAACGUCAGGUUACACUAAAGCCAAGCAAGAACAUCUGAAUGUAGUAUGUAGGGGUUUUUCGCCUGUCAUUCAAAGCUGGAUAUUGGACAUACUUGUUAAACAUACCCAACGGCUAUUUUACAAUGUGUGAGAGCAGAAACCGUCAGUAACUCUGAAGGACCAGGUCUUUAUAGCUUUUCAGAGGAAGUUAGCUGUUAAAUACUCACAUCUUAAAUAUCACCUGCUGGAAAUUAAAUGCUUGCUCUGGGUACUUGCUGAAGUCCUUAGCUCGUGUUACUGGCACGUAGAUGCUUCUCUGUUGCCUGAAAGAGCCAUUAAAGUCUAUUGUGCAUGACGUUUUUGUUAUUCUGGUAAAGGGUAUAUGUAUUUCUGUAAAUACUUUGAGGAUCCAAUUUUACAGCUGCCUGCUAAUGUGAGCAGAAGAAUUUCCCAAAGUUCUGAAGUGCCUUAGUAACAUGUCAGUCCCAGUGUUAUAACUAACAGACUAUUUACCUCUAGUCACCUUUUACAAAAUAAUCCUGUUGGAGCACAUCUUUUGAACUAAUGUUAUUCUCUUUCAGAGAUAUUUUGUAACUUUCUGUAGGGAAAUUGUCACUUUAAACAGCUAAAAGUAUGGUAGAUAAAGGAAUAGAUGAUAAAAGCAUAGCCCUAAACAAAUCUCUACUUUGUCUCUGGGCGUUGCCCGAUCAUUAAAAGCCCUUGAUAUGUCUUUCCUGCUUAGAAAUGUUCUAGAAACAUUGGAUAGUGGGGUCAAAGGGCAGGUGGGGUCAAAGGACCGCCGCAAGCUGUCAGUGCAGGUCAUUGGAAUUCUCAUUUGGCCAAAGUAGUUUUAGGAUUGCUCUUCUGUAUCACAAUUUUAGAGUGCUCUUAAAAUCCUGAAGAGUUUUUAAAUUAGAGUCCUGCAUAAUCAUACCACUGGGAAAUCAAGGUUACACUAUAAUCACUUCAGACAUAUCCUUCACCAGGUUCUACUAAAUUUUUAAUUUCAUUUUUGAAAGCUAAUGUCAGCAUUCCCUUUAAAAGUGUCCAUUCUUCCUUGAAAGUAGAUUUCCCCUGUCAUUCUUUUCAAACAGAAAAGUAUUUUGUGUGACUUUUGUAGAGACAUCUCGUACUGCUAAACUUUGAGCAUCUCAUGUGAGUGCAGAAUACUGAACUCUUCCACAGUCGUUGGAGAUUUUUCACAGGGGUUAUUUUGGUCGUUGAAAUGAUCAAAUUGACCUUGAGUGACUGUUAGGCAUGGCUUUUUUUCCUAGUUUCAUAGCUUUUUUCCUAGUUCCUUGUGCUAGAUUAUUCUGUUCCCCUAAUGAACCCUGGUGACACCGGAUCUAGCUUUUCUCAUCCCCCGUUGGGAGCUGUUUGUGUUAGUAUGGGCUGCUGCAUGUACAUUUUAAACUGGGCUUAUCACAUUGUAUUGUAUUUUCGUGAGAAUCUGUACUGCAAGUAAAACCUACUCCCCAAAAAUGUGUGGCCUUGGGUCUGCAUUAAAUGGUACAAUCCAUGUUCAUGCAAAAAAUGGCUGGGAAUGUUUGCUUUUUGCCUGACAUUCAGUCAGUAUCGCUUUCAGAUCAUCCUUAUCCAACCAGAUUAGCGCCAAUCAGCCUAUGAUGAAGUGGUUAUUAAAAUAAAUGUAAUGACCAUGUCUACGAAGUACAAUUUAAUGCUUUAUUUUGCUAAAAUGCCUGUAUAUUUGAUAUAAUUUAGUAUGUUUGAGAAGUUUAACCAGUUUUUCUCAUUUGUUUUGCUUUGCCAAUUUUUAUCUGGUUUUUGAGGGUCUAAGCUUAUUCUGUAUAUGCUGGGUUUUUUGAGCAAAGCUUUUCAGCUUUUAACUGGUCAGGUAUUUUUCUUUUAAGAAUAAUUGGAGAAAUAUUUGCCAUUGAUUUUGAUGUAUAAUACAGGUGUGUUUGUUCA